AUGCCACGUGCCGGAACACUGCUGCUUCUGCUCCUCGCCGUCACUGUCUUCGCCGCGAGCUUGAGCGCCUCUGAAUCCAUCGGCGAUGGAAGCCAGCAGGUCUACAUCGUGUACCUGGGGCAUCUACCGCCCAGCACGGAUGCGUCAGAACCUGAAGGUUUCUCUGCUGUAGAAUUUGCUCAUCACGACCUGUUGAAUCAGGUCCUCGACGACGGCAGCUCUGCUUCAGACAGGAUUCUCCGUAGCUACAAGAGAAGCUUAAAUGGCUUUGCCGCCAAGCUUAACAAAGAAGAGGCACAUAAACUGUCUGGCAUGAAUGGCGUUGUCUCAGUCUUCCUAAGUAGGACCCUCGAUCUUUUGACCACAAGAUCCUUGGAUUUCUUGGGCUUCCCUCAAACGCCCAUUGAAGAGCUACCACUAGAGGGAGACGUUAUCAUCGGUAUGCUCGACACUGGUAUAUGGCCUGGCUCGCCAUCCUUCUCCGAUGAAGGCUUUGGCCCACCACCGAGCAGGUGGAAGGUAAAAUCAUCGGAGCACGUGCCUACCACGGAGGAUCCAGCAGCUCUGGCCUGUCGCCACUGGACGAUGAUGACGGCCACGGCAGCCACACGGCGUCCACCGCGGCCGGGCGUGCGGUGGCAGCCACACUACAAGGGACGUGAUAGCCAUCGGCGCCUUCCACGCCAUGAGGCCGCAUCGGCCGGGAACUCGGGGCUCGUUGGCGGCCGAGUUGGCAACGUCGCGCCAUGGAUGCUGUCUGUGGCGGCGAGCAGCAUCGACCGUCAAUUCAUCGACAGGAUUGUUCUUGGGAACGGCGAUACCAUAGUGGGAGCCUCCGUUAACACCUUUCCAACGAUAGCAAAUGCUACACUUGCAUUCCCUGCCGACGGGUCAUGUGAUCCAGAGAACCUCGCCGGAGGUCCUUACAAAGGCAAGAUCGUCCUCUGCCCACUCCAGAAGGGCCGUUCGAACGGCGUCUCAGGCCCUUUCUUGGCCGGUGCAGCUGGUGUCGUGUUAGUCACCCGCGAGCCCGACGUCGCUGUCACUCUGCCUCUCCCCGGUCUCAAGGUAACUCAGGACAAGUUCGACCAAAUCAUGGCGUAUGUCAACAGCACUAGUAAUCCUGUGGGUACCAUAGACCGCACCGUGACUACGGGCAAUCCACAAGCUCCAGUGGCCGCCUCCUUCUCUUCUCCAGGCCCCACCUUGGUCACCCCUUCGAUCUUGAAGCCUGAUCUAUCUGCGCCGGGGGUAGACAUCAUUGCCUCAUGGUCACUGCUGUCAUCACCCUCGGGCUAUCCUAACGACACGAGGAAGGUUCAGUACAACAUCAUCUCCGGCACAUCCAUGGCGUGCCCACACGCAAGCGGAGCCGCCACCUAUGUCAAGUCACUCCACCGUGACUGGUCGCCGGCGAUGAUCAUGUCGGCUCUCAUCACCACCGCCACUCCGAUGAACACACCGUGCAACUCCAACACGACCGCGCUCAAGUACGGCGCCGGGCAGCUCAACCCGGCAAAGGCGCAAGACCCGGGCCUCGUGUACGACACAUUGGAGGGUGACUAUGUGGCCAUGCUGUGUGCGCAGGGGUACAAUGCUACGCAGCUCGCGCUCGUCACUGGCUCCAACACCACGGCCUGCCCCAACGGCUCGACGUCCGGGACACCCAGCGACCUCAACUACCCGACUAUGGCGGCCCGUGUGGAGCCGGGGAUGAAGUUCUCCGUGGUCUUCCCGCGCACUGCCACCAACGUCGGGGCCGCGGCCGCCGUGUAUGAUGUGAAGGUCGUGUUUCCUGUUGAGGCGGUCAAUGACCUCACCGUUGUUGUGUCGCCGAGAAGACUAGAGUUCAGCGCGCAGGGCCAGAAGAUCUUGUUCACCGUGGGGGUGUCCGGCGUGGCGAUGGAGGAGGGCAGGGUCCACUCGGGUGCCGUUGUCUGGUACAACAACGAGCAUGAGGUGAGGAGCCCGGUGGUGGUCUACGCAACGUCGGACGACUCCCGGCCUCCCAGCAAAAUGGGGUUUAGACAGUGA